CCCACCAACCAAGCAAGUUCAGUAUUCUUGUCCAGAAGACUUAAGCGUCAUGCAACCUAUCCUGCUCAAGGGACACUCGCGGUCCAUUACGAUGAUCAAGCACAACCGGGAAGGGGAUCUCCUUGUCACGUGCGCCAAGGACCACGUGCCUUCCCUGUGGUACUCGCACAACGGCGAGCGCAUUGGCACCUUCCACGGCCACACUGGUGCUGUGUGGGCCUGCGACAUCUCAUACAACUCGGAAUAUUUGCUCACGGCGGCCGCCGAUGCGUCCGUCAAGCUCUGGGACUUGCAAACGGGCAAGGAAAUCUUCAGCUUCACACACACUGGGUCGGCGCGCAGUGUCAACUUCAGCCUCGGCGACAAGUCGUUCGUGUCGGUUGCCGAUCAGUUUGGCGAUCACCCCGCCACCGUCUUCGUGUACGACUUGGCCCAAAACGGAGAAAAGCAAUCCAGCCAACCUCGCUUGGCCAUCACCAAACACGGGCACCAAGGCCGGGUCACAGGGGCGUACUGGACGGCGCUUAACGAAGCGAUUAUUACCACUGGCGAAGACGGCUACGUCAAGUUGUUCAACCCAGAGACGGGAGCGUUGAUUUCCGAAACCAAGGUGCACAACGGUGUGAUUACCAACUUGGCGUUCAACAAGGAUAAGACCCUCGGCAUCACGUCGUCCAAGGACAAUACGGCCAAGUUGAUCGACUUGGAUGCGAUGCAAGUGCUCAAGACGUACGAGACGGACCGCCCCGUGAACUCUGCGAGCAUUUCGCCCACGAAGGAGCAUGUGGUAUUGGGCGGUGGCCAAGAAGCGAUGACGGUAACAGUCACGGCGGGCCGCGCGGGGAAGUUCGAAGCGCGUUUCUUUCACCAAGUGUUUGAAGAAGAGUUUGCACGUGUGAAGGGCCACUUCGGACCGAUCAACUCGAUCACGUUCCACCCCGACGGCAAGAGCUACUCGAGCGGGGCCGAAGACGGUUACGUCAGAAUACAUCAUUUCGACCAAGACUAUUUGAGCCGAGAAGACUAAACGAGCACAAUAGCAAAGAGCAUGCGUGCAUGCCAUGGACGAGACAGACACGGCAAGCCAGCCAGCCCCCUUUCAUCCUCAGCAUUUUCGCAUUUGGUAUAAAUCCAAGUAAUGAAGAUUUCGAAUUUUAGCCAA